AUGGUGUCGUACUUCACAUUAGACGCUACGGGUGAAACUACAAACUUCCAGAAAGAAAUUGCAAAUAUGAUGCAUGGAUUUGGUGACAAUCCUAACCCAAAUGCGGCUACUGUACUGUUAGUGGAAAACAUCGUACUUCAACAGCUUCGUACUAUGCUCCAAGAGGCUAUAGGCCUUUCUAAUACUAGAGGUUCGAAAGCUAUAACCAAUUACGAUAUAAUUUAUCUCAUGCGAAAGAAUAAAUUUAAGUUGAAACGUCUGCACGAUUAUCAGUUGAAGCUUGAUCAACUGGAUAAAACAAAGCAAGUAGCUUUAAACACCCCUACCGAUACUCUCAUGUCUGGCGUAAUGUUGGAAGACGAAAAAGACCCUACAAUGAAAAAACGACGAACACAUAUUGAUGUUAUCAAAGAACUUGACGAAACCGACGAAGUGGCUCAGAUAAAAUUCGACGUAAUUGACUAUUUAAGGAAAAUUCGGGCGGAUAAAAUUACGGAGUCAAUGUCUUUUGAUAAAUAUGAAGUGUAUCACAAAGCGAGAUGUAGUUCAUUCCGCUCUGGUUACGGUCUCAGCAAAGGAUUUGUGAAGCUAGAGAGAUGGAUAAAUCCGACAAAAGAGCUUAAAAUUACUGUAUCAGCUUUAGAAGUGUUAUGUUUCCUUGCAUAUGAAACCAUAGCAGAAAUUGUUGAUGCGGUAUUUUUAAUUAGACAAGAUGCGAAGAAGAAGUAUGGUGAUCCAUUUGGCAAAUUUGAAGGUGGUCAUUUCUGUAAUCCAGUCAGUUUGAAUAAUGCAGUUUAUAUUAAAUCAGGAUAUGAAGGUGUGCCCGCUAUAACCGUAGCGGAAGUGAGGGAAGUUUUAAGAAGAUAUUUUACUUCAAGAAUUGGAAUGAAUGGUUUAUUUUAUAGGAAUAUGUGUAUGGACCUGCCAGUGAGAUAUUUAGCAUUAUAAAUAAAUCAUUAUUUAGGUUUUAUAAUAUUUUGAAAAGGGUUCUAAGGGUUCUGAAGAAGUAACAUUACAAUGAUGUUGUGUAUAUAUUAUUUACCUGGUAACUUGACUAUAUAUACAAUGACAUAUUUUAUAAGGUACAUUAGGGAAAUAAGUUUGGUGACUAGAGCUAUUGCUUGGAAAUAAACAAAACUGAAAUUGUUAUCUA